AUGGCAAUCGAGCUGGUUGAGCCGAACGAAACGGAGGUCAAUGCAACAGGCGAGAUUGUGAAGAGCUUCGAGUGGCCUGGUCUGCCGGCGGAUUUCUUUUCGACUCUGAUAGACAUCGGUGCGAACAUAAUCAUAAUCCUUGUCAUAGCGGUUAUUGCGCGCAAGUGCCUCAAGCUAAAGCUGGCGAGGACGGCGGGGCACGCCUUCUACUUCAUUGUGGGCGUGGUUAUAUGUGCCAGCGAGGCGCUCAUCUUGGAGCAGGCGUUGCUGCACAUGGCCUUUGGCCUGAUCAGCGUUGUGAUCGCCUGCUUGGGCGUUGGCGCCCAGAUCAUGUACAAGCAGCGGAAGUCACGCGGCACUCCAAGGCACUUUCGGAGCAACCACAGCAUAUUCGGAUUGGCCGCCUGCAUCCUGCUGCUGGCCACCUGCGUCACGGGCAUGUAUAUGAUAUGUCGGACCAACUACUGGGAGCCGGAAGUGCCCAUCGUUCAUCGCGUCUGCGGCCUGCUCUCGUUUAUACUGCUAAUGACGGCGCUGGUCUUUGCCUUCAAUACGGGCUUCAUGCACUGCAACUGGGAGCAGAGGUCCAUCACGUGCUUCAAGUGCUGGAUACUGCUCGCCACCUUCUUGACCUCCACGACCCAAUUGCUAGCGAUUAUAAAUGACUCCAUUCAGUUGAUGCCGCCGAGUUGGAUGAAGCAUUCUCAAAACUAG